CUCUCAAUUACCUGUACCGGUACUGGAUUGUUGCCUACGGGUCAACCCUCACAGUUGGGCAUUAGAAUCCUCUUAUUUUUCGAAUGUGCAGGUCUACCUCGCGACGAGCCUAAUAAUGACAUUUGAGCAUUUCGAUUCUUUUCUCGCUGACAUUUUGAAAACUUACCAAGUAGACUGCUCCAAAAGGAGUUGUAUGUUGCACUACCGGUUACAGCACCAAGUCGGGCUGGAUUCCUCCUCACUGUGCGCACAGAGAAGCCGUCCGGGCCCGUCACUUCCACUUCCACCACAUGAUAGUCGCUCAACCUGCCGGGCGAGAAGAACCAGAGCAUCGGAUUCCCAGGUCAAAGGUUGCAAACGAGGAGACUCACGCCGUGUCGGACACGAUUUCCCCUCGGACGCCGUCGAAGCCCAGGUUCCCAGCAGCCACCGCCGCCGCCGCCAUGGUGUUGACGUUGUUGGGCGCCAGGGGGCACAGUUGGGCUACCGAGCCACUGAACAAAACCCGCCUGCCCUCGCCUUCGGUCCACUCAGGCCGGACGUCUCCUGCCAGCCGGAAGCAGGACGGAUGUUUGGACAUUCUUACAAACAAAUCCUGCGGACAGAAGGAUGGCGUGAAGGACUUGGUGGUGACAUUUGCUCAAUGGCCUAAGUCCUUACGGACGCCCUAAAACCAUGCCAAGCAAGGGCAAGUCCACUUUCACCUUUAGGGCCUGGCUGUCGUUCAGCCUCUGGAUGUCCUGACCGGCCCACAACGCACCACUGGGGACGUAGAGCGUCCUCCCAGAUUGCUGAGCCGCCUGCCGCAGUUUCUCAUUCAGCUGAUGAUCGGCGAGGGCUGAGGGAGAACCCACCUGCAGGACCCACAGGCUGCUGUCCCUCCAGAGGUGAAAGGUCGUCCUUGAUAGGAGCGGGCGGGCUUGCUUGCUGAUCAGAGGUCAGUCAGACAAGGAGUGGAAGUCAAGUUGGGAGGAGCAGACAUUUGCUUGCUUGCUGAUCAGAGGUCAGUCAGACAAGUUGGGAGGAGCAGACAUUUGUCUCAGAGCGCUGAAGAAGAUGGACAUCCUGGAGACGGAGGCGUACUACCGGCGUCAGAGGAGGAAGAUGUCCUGUGCUGUGCUCCUCUCCUUCUGUCCUUUCCUCUUGGCCUGCGCCGCCUUCUUCUACUUGUCCACGCCGCGCUCGCCGCCCUCCGUCCUGAUGGCCACUGCCAAGUCGGCGCCGGCGCUCCUGCUGGCCGCCGCCGUGCUGACUUGGAACGGCCGUGCAAGCGUGGCGGGAGGACUCAUCUUCUCCGCCGGGGGGGACUUCUGCCUGGUGUGGCCACACCUCUUCCUGCACGGAAUGGUCGCCUUCGCCGUGGCUCAUCUGCUCUACUCGCUGACCUUCCUCUCAUCCCGUUAUGAGAAACACUCCUCUUCCUCAUGCAUGUUCCUCAUCUAUCUGCUCCUGCUGGCCACCGGAGCAGCUUUCUUCAUCCACCUCUACCCAUUUCUGCAAAAGGACGCAAAUCCAGGUGUCCUAGUUCCAGGCGUGGGGGUCUACGUGGUCCUCAUCACCCUGAUGGGCAUACUAGCCGUCAGAACACGCCAUCCUAUCACCGUGUUGGGGAGUCUGUCCUUCAUAGUGUCGGACAUGUCCUUGGCUCUGCUACAGUUCAAGGUCAUACCGCCUGUGGAGGACGGCCACACGGUUGUCAUGGUGACAUAUUACUUAGCACAGCUGCUCAUUGGCGUGGGGGAUGUGAUGGCUGUAGAACAAGAGGAUGACUUUGCAAAAUGGAAGAGGUCCUAAGCAGGAAGUUUGCACGGUCGAGACUAACAAACUACUGCAGGACCGCUUGAAAAAAAGUUAUUUGUUUGUAUUUCUUGGAAAAAAGAUGACUGAUGAGUUAUUUUGGAAUGGUUGUGUUCUGUGAGUGACUUAUUGUGACAUCCAGACAGUAUUUGUGUGAACUGAUCAUGUGUGGAACACCACUCCUGCUGUCUUCGUGAGCAAUAAAAGCACAUUUACCAUA